CCACGUUGCUCUAUAUCUUCCACUCAAUUCACCUACCCCAUCUGGCCUCCCUCUAUUAGUUCCUUUAGUCUUACAACAUUUUGUUAGAACUCAGAACCCCCUUUUCCCCUUCUCUCUCUUCCUCACCCAGUUUUCUCCGAACUCUUUCAGUAGUAAAAACCAUAUGAAAUCUGGCCGGAAGUAAUCCGAGAAUUCGUUCCUCCCUUGAAGAUCCAGAUUGGUAGCUUGGAGAAAGAUUCUAACUGCAGAAUUCUUCCCUCGCAAUCUCGGGAGAUGGGCGGAGUUGAAAGCCAUGAAGAGGGAGAUUUGAGAAAUCUGAUCUCUCGAUUCUUCGGAGGAGAUUCAGGUGUCGAGUUCAGCGAUAAAAGUUAUAUCGACUAGGGGUGCUAGGGAACCAACUUUUUGUCGCAUCUCCGUCAUCUCUACAAGGCAUGGGUUUUCUGUCUCUUUUCUUGAUAGGUUUAUUUUUCUCUUUCCAGUUCCAUUCGUGGCCUCAAUCCACUGGUGUUAUCUUUGGUUUUGAGUGAUUAGCUGGACGAUGAAGUGUCUUUCAUUUGGCAGUCUUCCUUGACCACUCGCUGAGUCAUCUCGGUUCUUUCUUUCUGUCAUGUAUUGAGGAUUGGAGUUUAUCUUGGCUUUUAGAGGGAUUCCACCUGUAAUCAACUAUGUUAAUUUUUGUUUGAGCAUGGUCCUUUUGUUGUGGUAUCUGUAUAUGACGGGUUAAAAGUAAAAAACCCCUACUCUUUCCACACUCACCUUGAUUUGAUUUUUGUAUGAGCAGUAAUUCAAUACGAAAGUUUAAAAUUGUUUUGUUGUCAA